GUUAUGGGCAAGUCAGAAAGCCAGAUGGAUAUAACUGAGAUGAAUACUCCAAAGCCAAAGAAGAAACUGAGAUGGAGUGGCCUGGAGAUCGGGCUGGCUGUGAUGGUGCUGCUGCUGGCCAUCGUGGCCAUCACCAUGAUCGUCCUCUAUGCCACAUAUGAUGAUGGGGUUUGCAAGACAGCAGACUGCAUAAAAUCAGCUGCACGAAUCCUGGAGAACAUGGACCCCACGGCACAGCCCUGUGAGGACUUCUACCAGUUUGCCUGUGGGGGGUGGCUCAGGAGGAAUGUCAUCCCCGAGACCAGCUCCCGCUACAGCAACUUUGACAUUUUGAGAGACGAGCUAGAAGUUGUUCUCAAAGAUGUCCUCGACACACCCAGCACUAACGACAUAGCAGCAGUGCAGAAGGCAAAAACUUUGUACAGGUCCUGCAUAAAUGAAACCACCAUUGACAGCAGAGGUGGAAGGCCUUUAAUCAGCUUAUUGCCAAGUGUGUCUGACUGGCCUGUAGCAACAUUUAACUGGGAAGCAUCCUAUGGUACUUCUUGGAAAGCUGAGACAGCAAUUGCACAGCUCAACUCCAUGUAUGGAAAAAAGGUCCUGAUUAAUUUUUUUGUUGGCACAGAUGACAAAAACUCCACAGCACAUAUCAUCCACAUCGAUCAGCCUGGGCUGGGCCUGCCUUCUCGUGACUACUACGAGUGCACUGGUGCAUACAAAGAGGCAUGUUCUGCCUACGUUGAUUUCAUGAUUUCUGUUGCUAAACUAAUCCUAAAAGAAAGAAAUAUUUCUGCCAUUGAGAGUGACAUUUCUGCUCAGAUGAGAAGAGUUAUGGACCUGGAGAAAGAGAUUGCCAAUGCAACAACAAAAUCUGAAGACAGAAACGAUCCACUUCUGCUGUACAAUAAAAUGACUUUGGCAGAACUUCAAAAGAACUUCACACUGAGGAUCAAUAAUAAGACAUUUGAUUGGGCAGAAUUCAUCAACGCAAUAAUGUCAACUGUCCAAAUCAAUGUGGACAGCACCGAACACGUCAUUGUCUACGAUCCUGACUACCUGCUCAAGCUGAGCUCUAUCCUCAUCAAAUACACCCCCAGAGACCUUCAGAAUUACAUGACCUGGCGAUUUGUGAUGGACCUUGUCAACAGCCUCAGCAGGGACUACAAGGACACAAGGAAUGCUUUCCGUAAGGCACUUUAUGGCACAACAUCAGAAACUGCUGUUUGGCGUCGCUGCGCCAACUAUGUCAACGGCAACAUGGAGAACGCGGUGGGAAGGCUCUAUGUGGAGGAGGCGUUUGCUGGGGACAGCAAGCAUGUGGUGGAGGAAAUGAUUGCAGACAUACGAGAGGUGUUUAUACAGACCUUAGAUGAGCUGCCCUGGAUGGAUGCAGAGACCAAAAAGAGAGCAGAACAGAAAGCAACAGCAAUUAGGGAGAGGAUUGGUUAUCCCGAUGAGAUCGUGACAGAUGACAACAAGCUCAACAGUGAGUACCAGGAG